UGAGGAGACAGACUAUAGGCCUCUCUUGACCUAUUGUUUGUGUAUAGUUCACCCCUUCAUUGCGUUGCAUUUAUACCUUCAGAACCAGUCGAUUGCAUUUGGAUUUAGUAUAUGGUUGGCGCUGUGUAUAUGAAUUCAUGCUUCCGCCGGAGACAGUUCUCGAUUGUUUGUAAGUCAGGACUAAGUGCCUGUCUGAAGUCCAAAAGUCAAAAGCGUAGUCAUUUAUCAUCAUAAAAGCUGGAGACUAUUCCACUAAGAAAAAUGGCGCUUAUCCCUUCUGUCAUUGUUUUAAUGUUGAUGCUGCUGGGUAUUAUAUCCACACGAUCAAUUCCUUUGACGAAAGAUCAUGAGACAACUAAUGAUGCGAUGAGCAAGGCUCUACGUUACAUGUCUGAAGUUCCACUUAUUGAUGGUCACAAUGACUGGCCGUGGCAGCUUGUUAGUCGGAUCGGCAACCAGCUUCAAUCCUUGAAUCUAUCACAGGAACUGAACCCGAUAUGGGGACAUAGCUACACCGAUAUACCCAGACUAAAAGAAGGGAGACUAGGUGGACAGUUCUGGGCUGCAUAUACCACCUGUGGAUCUCAAUACAUGGAUGCAGUAACACACAUAAUGGAUCAAAUUGACGUCAUCUUAAGGAUGUGUGACAUGUAUCCAGAUGUCUUCCAGUUUGUUACGACAGCAGACGGUAUUUUGGAGGCUCAUCGAAAUGGUAAAAUAGCCUCUCUCAUCGGUGUCGAAGGCGGGCACAACAUCGACAGCAGCUUAGCUACACUGCGCAUGCUCUAUCGGGUUGGAGUUCGCUACAUGACUGUUACUCAUAGCUGCAAUACUCCAUGGGCGGAUAACUGGUUGGAGACUGAGAAGAAAGACCCUGAAUUCAACGGUCUGUCAGAUUGGGGCAGGCGUGUUAUCUUGGAGAUGAACCGUCUUGGUAUGUUGGUUGAUCUAGCCCAUGUAUCUCACAAGACCAUGUCAGAUGCACUUGAUAUCUCUGUGGCUCCCGUCAUCUUUAGUCAUUCAUCAGCCUAUGCCGUUUGCAAUCACGAUCGAAAUGUACCCGACUACAUCUUAAAACGUAUGGUGAAAAACGAAGGCGUCGUGAUGGUGAACUUUUACACUGAAUAUAUAAAUUGUCCCCCAGGAGAUAUAUCAGAUGAUAGGAACUUUGCAACCCUUUCUCAAGUUGCAGAUCACAUGGAUCACAUUAAAUCGGUAUGCGGCUGGCAAUGUGUUGGAGUAGGAAGUGACUUCGAUGGAGUACCAAGCAUGCCUGAGGGAUUAGAGGAUGUGUCCAAGUUUCCGAAUCUAAUCGCCGAGCUGAUACGAAGAGGAUGGACAGAAAGGGAGGUUAAAGCUGCCAUGGGUAACAAUUUACUUCGAGUUCUACGAAGAGCUGAACAGGUCCGAGAUGAAAUGUCCAGUACCCUCCCUGAUGAAACUAGGAUUCCAAUCCAUAACCGUCAUGAGAAAGAUAAUAAAUGCAGGACCGUCUAUUACUGGCCUCAACUAGUCCACAUUCGAGCGAAGAGAGGCAGCAAUUUCAUCGAUCAAAUGACCCAAGUUGAUGGCUGUUACUAAUGUAUUGUAAGAGAUAAUUGUAGUAAUAAUAAUAAUGAUAAUAAUAAUGAUAAUGAUAAUGAUAAUGAUAAUAAUAAUAAUAAUAAUAAUAAUGAUAAUAAUAAUACUAAUACUGAUAAUUAUUUGAAAAAAUUUUUUAUUACCUCCCCUAUUCUCAAUGUCCCAUUAUCCGGAAUACAUAAUAAACUUAAUUUAUUUCUUUGGUGCCCCAUCUAUCUAUAAAAAUGUUGGAUCCACACUUACAUAAAUAAGACCAUCUAUUCUUGGUCAUGAUCCUUGAUAUGGUCCCAUUCAUCAUUAGGCAGUAAAGUAUAGGACUAAUAUGACAUGUGAGCAGGGGUAGAAAUCUCUCCCAAAAGGUAGGGGGGACAAGGGGUUGGAAAAUUUGACAAGCAAAUGUAAGGUCAUUUCGAACAAAAUAAAUUUGACAAGCAGAAAAAAGAAGUAUAUCGCCCCAAAUGAAAGGUAGUUUCGACCAAAAUAAAUUUGACAAGAAAAAAAAAGUUAUCACCCCAAAAGUAAGGUCAUCUCGUCAAAAGACAUGUUUUAUUUCGACUUUGAAUGGUGUAUUUCUUUUCAUCAUAAAAGACCACAAAUAGUAGAGGGGACAUUUGCUAUUGGGUACCCCUACUAUUUUCCGCCCAUGCAUGGGAGCAAUAUUGUCUUCAAACCAAAGUGAAUUGUAUAUAGUUUUAUUCAGUAAAAAUAAUGAUUUAUAACUUUGAAAUGUGGAGCAAAUUAAUAUUCCAUAUUCGAUGUACGUGCAUAGUUUAUAUAUUGCAGAUUGUAUAUACUUUCUCCUAUCAUACCAAAGCUAUUUAUGGUUUAUAUAUUGCAAUAAAUUAUAUCAAAUUUUAAA